CUCUCCACUUCAGACAACCUCAUACAAAACAAACAAAAAUGAGAACCGUUGCCACCUUAUUUCACUCAUCUCCACUAUCAAGAAUGGCCACCACCACCACCACCGCCGCGGCGCCGGCCACCAUCCAGCGCUCGCCGUGGCACUCCCCGGUGCCGUACCUCUUCGGCGGCCUGGCGGCGAUGCUGGGCCUGAUCGCCUUCGCCCUACUCAUCCUCGCCUGCUCUUACUGGAAGCUCUCCGGCCAAGUCAACGGCGGCGAGGGUGACGACGACUUGGAGGAAGGCGGCGCCGCCGCAAAAGGCGAGAACAACUCCGCCGCCAAGGCAACGGCGGCGUUUGAGGAGAAGUUUCUGGUUAUCAUGGCCGGAGAUGUGAAGCCCACUUUCUUGGCCACCCCCACCACCGCCGCCACUAGCAGAGCUUCUUCUUUUAACGAUGAGAAUAUUAAUAACGGUAAAAAUCACAGAGAAAGUGAUUUUGAUGAACAGAUUCCGAAAGAUCAGAAUCAAACAGAUGUGAGAAUCCAAGAAAAUAGAGAAGCAUCUCAAGAAUAGCUUAUAAGCUGAAAAUCAGAUUUUUUUUUCUUUUUUUUGGGUUCAAUUUUGUGAUUUUUCCGGAUGAUGUAAUUUUGUUUUGUUAUGGUGAGAUUAAAUAGUUCAAUAGAAGAGAAUUAGAAGUGCAAA